AUGCCUGCAACGGUUUCUCUUCUCCAGCUGUUUGUGGUCAUUUCCUCGUCAGCUGAUUCAGACGGAGGAAAGAGAAGCGCUCCGCUAGCAUCCACGAUGAUAAUCACAUCUCAUCGUCUGGACAGUGAUUGAAAUGAACCAGUCAAAUCCCUGAUGUAAUUUGAAACCGAGAUAACCCUACGCCAAUACCUGAUUCUCUCCUUGUCUGUGUUCGCCAUCAUCGAAGUUCGGAUCUUGUCGGAAACAGCAGAGCCCUGUCCACUGGUCUCAUCUCCUCUCUACUGGAAACCUCCUCUUUACUUGUAGCCACUGAAAGGUGUUUUGCAGUGCCAGAAAAGGACGCUGUUGAGAAACCACACCGUCAGGCUCAACUGGAUUCAAUGAGGGAGCCAGAUCGGGAGGAGCAGCCUGAAGACAACAUGCCGCCCAAGUUUAAACGACACCUGAAUGAUGAUGAGGUCACGGGAUCCAUUCGCAGUGAGAGGAGGAACCUGCUGGAAGAGGACUCUGACGAAGAGGAAGACUUCUUUCUGAGAGGGCCCUCGGGACCCAGGUUUGGACCUCAGAACAACAAACUCAAGCAGGUGCAGUCACAAGUCGACGAGGUGAUUGAUGUAAUGCAGGAGAACAUCUCCAAGGUGAUUGAGAGGGGCGAACGUCUCGACGACCUGCAGGACAAGUCGGAGAGUCUAUCAGACAAUGCAUCUGCCUUCAGUAGCCGAGCCAAACAGCUGCACAGGAGGAUGUGGUGGAGAGACAUGAAGAUGAAGAUGAUCAUUGCCUUGGUUGUGGUUGCUCUCCUGCUCAUUAUCAUUAUUCCAGUGAUCCUGCGAUACCGCUAGUGUCUAACCAGGACACAAGUGAUAUCCUCUCUCUCUGUCCUCUGCACACAGUUCUCCACUCCAGCUAGGGGGCACCAGCCAGCAUCCCACACCCACAGUUUCAGCCUAUGUAUCCUCAAGGAUCUGGGCUCAACUUGUCCUUAGUACAGAUCUUGUUGUUGGCAUUUCCACUCAAAUCUGCUUUGAGAUUAGUACUAAAGCUUGGUUUGAUCCCUGGCUUAAUUCUAAGCUACAGAAAGGGAACACAGGGAAAGAAUUUUAAUGCAGUUUUGGAGAAAACGCUGACUCUCAGCCCUCUAGUCAGUGUGAAGGAGUGCUCCAUUCCAUGAUGCAUAACACAUGUACAGCCCUGGCUUCGCCUUGACAGUGGGAAAACUUCAGGUCCUGUAAUUUAUAUCACAGAGAUAGAUGGAUACUGUAAAGGUGGGGAAUCGUGCCAACUGUCCCUUAGUUUAGCUGGUCUGAAUCUGCUGCAGCUUAUAAAGAUGUGAAAAUACCCACUGAAUGAAACCUCAGUUAUCUACCCAUGAUUCCUUGUGUGCUCACUGGCAGGAGGCAACAUGAGGGAACAUCUGAGGUUCACCCACGCAGUCGAACGUCUUUCACCUUUUCCUUGUUUCCUUAUCAACACGGUUGGAAAAGUGAUUAAAAAGCAACGCCAUCAACAUCCUGUUUUCUAACAUUGUUCUGCCUUCCUAAAUUAAUUUCUAUUCCCUCCACCUCUUAAUAGCUUGUACCGCAGGGCCGUGUCAAACCAAACCACCUCUUCUCAUCCUCUGUGCUCGAAACCUCUCUGCUUUCUCCUAGCUUGUGUUGAGCUCUGGGCCAAUUUGGUCACAGCUGUCAUGCCUUCCUGUUAGUGGCAUUAAACCUUCUGUCUCUCUCGAGGUUCAGCUUGGUUUUAACGCUGCAUCUAUUUUUACUUAUUUGAAGUCCUUAUUUCUGCUGGUCAUUCAUUGUGAUGUUUUUUUUUUUUUUUUUAAAUGAAUGUUGCCAUUCCUGUCGCCAAUGAGAGGGCAGUAAAUUUCUCUGUACUGUAGUGUUAUAUUAUGUUUAAGGAGGGUUCAUUUAUGUGUUGGAAGUAAAAAAAACUUGAGCUGUGAAGCAAACAUAGGUGUCAUAUCUAUAUUAAUUGUAUAAUACAUUAAAACUCUACAUUGUUGUUUUAGUAUUUUUAAUGUAAUUUAUUAUAGCUGUAAAUAUUGAUUCCGUACUGAUGUACAAUAUUCUGGCACUGCAUUGGAAGAUAUACUGAUGAUUUUUGCUCUGAAAUAAAGUGAUUUUAAAGGGCAUUUGUCUGGAUAAAUCUGGUUUGAACUGGUCAACCAAAUCAGAAAAAAGUAGGAAGAAAGGGG